AUGGAGACGUCAUCAGUGAGCGGGACCCGGCAUGGUGUGGCUAAUGAAGUGGACGCAGACUCUCAGAGGCACGGGCCUAUUUGUGUUGAAGCUGUGACGUGUUCCACACGCUUUGGGUCGGCCUCAACAGACAUGACAAAGUAUCCCUUCCAUUUGAGGGAUCUGUUUUGUCUCGACGGUGCUGAAUCGAAGCUCGGUAACGACAUGGAUGCCUACAGAAUCAAUGUGUACAGUACCGGGCGAGUGACCUCACUGCUUCCUGUGGUCAUCAAAUCUAUGUGCAAGCUCAACGUACUUAUGUUCCCAUUUGACACUCAGGUGUGUUUCGACUUAAACACUUUGCGUUUAGGCGAAGGGAGAACGGUGUGCACAGUGUGGCGGUCAGUGCUGGAGGAGUCUGACCGGCUGGCCCGGGCCAGGCUUCAGGCUGCCGAGGUGUAUGCAGAGAAGGCUGCGGAGCCCCUCAAGCCCACCAAGGCGGCCAAAGUACAGUGUUUCAAGAAGGUGAUGCCCCAGUUGAGCACCAUACAGACGGAGGUGGCCCAGUGUGUGAUGGACUUGGUCAAGGCCCAGAAGCUCUACACCACAGAAGGGGGUGUGGCUUACGAGGCUCGGCAAAAGUCCACUGAAGCGGAGGACAAGUUGAAAAGAAAGUCGACUGGGAUAUUCCAGUCUUUAGCGAGUUUACAGAAGUCGUGCGCAAAGCUCCGGAGUCGCACGGAGGCCAGUGAAGUGAAGGAGACGUCGGCCCGCAACGAAUACCUUCUGUGUCUGGCGGCUGCCAACGCGCACCACAUGCGUUAUUACAGCACAGACAUGCCAGAUAUAUUAAAGACACUGGACUGUGACAUCUACGAGAAGAUCCAGGAAGCACUGACGGUGGCCGGUCAGACAGCGGCUGAUCUAGCAGAGGCUGAGAGCUCCAGCUUUCAGACCAUUGCUGUAGAGGCGGCCAAGAUCUGUCGGCAGUUCAGCCAUCAGUGUUACCUGUUCCAGAACCCAGUGUUCACAAACCUGGUGCAAUAUCAGUUUGAGCCCACUAAUGGGGACACGUGCAAUAAGGUGAGCAGCGACCACGGGGCGGGCCCAGAGCUGGAGAAGGAGGCCCGCAAGUGGUGCACAAAGAUUGCCAAAGAGACGAGGGCCAUCCGGGACUACUACCGACAGAUGACCGUCAUACACAGCAUGCGCUCUGGGGACCGGGUAUCGGAGUCUGGCAGCCAGGAGUCAGCAAGUACCACAGACCCUGAGGUGAAGCUGGAGGAGCUGAGGCAUAACAUCCGCAAAGCUGAGACUUCCAAGCUGAAGGCCGAGGCGAGACUGGAGGCACUGCGCUCAGGGGGAGACCCGAGAUACGACGACCUCAUCCCUCGCCUCAUGGAGAUCUUCAUGAACGUGGACGAGUGGAUGAGCCAGGCCCAGAUGGAGUCUCUGGUGGCGGAGGAGAGCGGCCUGGCACGCACACCCAGCCAGCUGUCUCUGAGGACAGAGAGCUCCGGGGGGCAAAGUACAGACGAUCACGAACCCACUUACACGCAUUACGAUGAUGACGAUGAUUUCAUCGACGACACUUUCAACACCACCGGUGGCACCAGGUCGGGGCGAGUGUACCCCAUCUACUGCAAGGCUCUCUACGACUUUGAGGCGAGCAACUACGACGAGAUGAGCAUCAAAGCGGAGGAAGAGUUGGAGCUGAUUGCUGAUGGAGAUGGAGACGGCUGGGUCAAGGCCAAGAACAGUCUGGGACAAGAGGGAUACAUCCCAGAGACGUACGUGGACCUCGGAGGGUUAUCGGAUGAGCCAGCUCCCCUCGGCGUGGAAGCCAUGAACGCCAUCAACGACACGGUUACCGAGACAACAGCAACGACAAUCGCAGCUACAGCAACCGCGCCUGCACCACCGGCGGCCAAGUCUGCAACCCCUGACCUCCAGUCACCGACCUCUGUUGACCUCCAGCAAGACACGACCUCCUCGUAUUCUUCGGGCGACCUUGAGGUUCAGCAGACGACGGAGGUCAUGACGGGGGAGGAGCCGCAGAUUCCAGUGACUGUUGUCACGUCUGCAGAGAGCACGGAGACCUCCUGGGCCAGGGCGUUGUACGACUACGAGGCUCAGACGGAGGAAGAGUUAUCCUUCCUGGAGGGCGCCUUCAUCAAAGUCCUGCGCAAGGACGACAACGGCGUGGACGACGGCUUCUGGGAGGGCGAGUGUAACGGGCGCUCGGGAGUCUUCCCUUCCCUGGUGGUGGAGGAGAUCGUCGACUUGUCCACGCCACAAGACCCGCUGUCUCCCGGAGGACCUGACUUCUCCAUCCCCCCUCCGGUGCACGUGACCCUGCCUACCCCUGACGCUGAGCCUCCACCCCCACCCCCCAUGGCCAACGGUGAAGAUUUCAAGGUGUUCAGGAAUCUGUACACAUCGCCCGGAGAGGACAGCACCACGCCCACUGCUGAUCAGAGUGAAUGUUAGACAAGUACGAGAAGCGAGUUCGUUUCACCAACGGUCGUAGUGAGAGAUCAGAGGCAGAUGGCCAGCCCUUUACUCCUCCAUCC